AUGUGGACCUUAAUCAUUCUUUAUAUCCUGGGACUAAACACCUGUCAGACAACUGGAGAAGACAAUUCAACACAAAUGUACUAUGUCAAACUGAUAAUAGAAGAAAGUGCAAUCGGAAACAUAACUGCGAGACUGACACCUUUUGUGAAUAGAAUCGACCUGAAAGUUGAUAACCUUAAGAUGACAACAAUCUGUCAGAGCGUCCCUUCCGGCACCAAGUGCAGCUGCCAGAUGGGCUUCAUAUGGAGCGAUAGAGUUUGUCAGGAAUCUAAUAAGAAAUGUUGCGGCAACAAGACUUGCACCUUCACCAACAAGCCUGCUCCCAUGUGUGUUUCAGAAGAAACAGUUUUUAUUAAUGGAUCCAUCACUUUAAAUCAAGUGGAGUACUACAAAUGUCUUGAAGAAAAAGCCUCCGUGAAUUUUAAGCAGUGUAAUAACGAUUUGUUACAAAAGAUUAAAACAGUGUACAGCACUAUGGCAGGAUUUGACAUCUUAACAAUUAGCAAAUACAGGGUUGGAAGCGUCAUCACAGAUUUUAAUAUGACCUUUGCUUACAAUGUCAAACAACAAGCUUUGAUUGAAAAAUCAAAGAAACUGGGCAACAAUCUGUCAGCAUCAGUUGAUUUGGAGACUAAAGGUGUUGUCCGUUUAAUUAUGCCCAAAAGCCCUGUGUGUUACUACGACCAGCCCAAAGUCAGAUGCGUAUUAAAGGAGGACCUGAAAACCUUGCCAGUGUGGCAGCUGAAGAGACACGGCACAGUGUUUGAGAUAUUUACCGGAACAGAGUCAGAGGUGUCGACACAAACGCUAGAGACCAGAGUCACACUAAAAGACAUAUCAGAGCUCUGGGCAGGAGAGUACACAUGUCUCUAUUAUCAAAAGUCAGACUCAUACACCAUAACUCACAAAGCCAGCAGUGUAAUGGACAUAUCGCUCCUGCCAAAAAUUGACAUCACCAUGACACCGGCAUUUCCGCGCUGCAGAGGAAAUUCUGAUUUACGUGUAAGAGUUAAAUGUGGGAUAGAGAGCAACAAUGACACAUAUGAUGUGAAAUGGAUUAGCCAACACACCACUGCUGGUGAGUACAUUUUUCUUUUGUCAAUUUAUGCAGCUGAUAUCAUGGUUAGUUGUGACCCCACAAAAAUACCACAACUAACCUGCACUUUUAAGAACAGGUGCAAUGAAGAGAGAAACGGUUCAGCUGUUGUCAAUGUCAUAUAUGCAGGUGAACGUUUCUGUCCAGCUGAAGGUGAAUGGGAAGACACCAAAGCUGGAUUCCGUGCACUGUUAAAAUGCACGGACACGGCUGGAUACAGAGAAAGAAACUGCAAACGAAUCAGCUCUACACAGGUGAUAUGGGAACCAGAGGUAUCAACGUGUGUGAAACAGGAAGUGAACGAUGUGCGUCAAAAAGCAAAUAUUGUUGACAUUGGACUUGGCGCACUAGAUAAAAAUGCUGCAAAUGUAUUUUCCCUGCUUCAGAAUGUCACUCGUAACUCAACGACUAUCAACACUUUUGCCAACAUGAAUGCAUCUGUUGAAGUACUCGUCACAAUGAGACAAAAGAUAGACACAAUACAUAAUAAAUACGCAGUGGAUGACUUUCUGGAGUCAUCCAGCAAUAUGCUUGAGAAGUCUCUUAACAAAUCGUGGAUAACAGAGGAGGACAAAAAUGUUUCAUUGGCUGAGAGAUAUCUGGAUUCCAUGGAGCAUUUGAUUCAGAUGACCAACUUAACCAAUGCCUCUAUGAAAAAUCAAAAAAAUCUAGAGGUAGCCGUAUCCAAAUGCACACAGGGGUCAAAAUGUCACAACACGGUGUUCAACAACUCCGUCGAAAUUGAUAGUCUGGACCCUGGCGAGGUAAAGACAGCCGGGUUUAAAGAAUUGGAGAACUAUUUGCCCAACAAAGAUGAGACGUACAAGCCCAACAGCAUCAUUGUGUCAACAACUACUGAAAGCAAACAAUUGGAUUCAAUUGAGGUUAAAAUCCGCUUCUCACUGCUCACGCCGAGGCCUCCCAACGUCGACAUAAAGUGUGUCUCGUGGGACAACUACACCAGGAGUUGGUCACAAGAAGGAUGCAAAUGGAAGGGUGUUUCCGAUGAGGGACUUUGCGUUUGCACUCAUUUGUCCUCAUUUGCCAUCCUAAUGUCAAGGCAUCCAGUGGACAUCGGUGGGCUCACUGAGUUGACCUACGUCGGACUGUCUAUAUCAAUCAUCUCUCUCAUUCUCACCAUCGCGAUAGAACUGAUCGUCUGGAGUGCUGUAGUUAAGACAAACACUCUAUAUUUACGCCAUACUGCCCACAUAAACAUUUGUCUGUGUUUGCUCGUUGCGGAUCUCUGUUUUUUGGCAUCUUUUGAGUCAAAGGAUGUUACAGAAACCUGGUCUAAGAUCUUCGUGCUGUUGAAGCAUUUCUGUUACCUGUCCAUGUUCUUUUGGAUGUUGUGUCUGAGCUGCAUGCUUCUUCAUCAAGCCAUUUUUUUGUUCCACAAUGUGAGCAGGAGCACAUACCUGAGGAUCUCAUUAGUCCUGGGCUAUGUGUGUCCUUUUUUGAUCACUAUUAUCACGUUUGUUUGCUAUAAUAACGGGGCUGAAGGCGAGUACUACUCCAAGAAAACCGGUUGGCUGCUUUACGUUGGACUUAUGAAAGGGUCCAUCCAUACAUUUGUGAUACCGGUCGGUAUAAUCACCAUCUUCAACUUGUUUUCCAUGGUGUUGGUCAUCACUAAGCUUUUGAAUCACCCGAAGACUACAGAAAGAUAUAAUGAAAAAGACAAAGCCGCUGCCGUAACUGUCUUGAGGUCAGUUAUUCUUCUGACUCCAAUCUUCGGUCUGACUUGGCUUUUAGGGUUUGCUGUAAUGCUCCUUGACCUCACGUCUGGAGUCAUCGUCUCCAUGGUGCACUAUUCCUUUAACCUGCUGAACACAUUCCAGGGUUUGUUCAUUUUGUUAACCACAUGCCUGGCGGACAAAAUGACGCGUGACGCUGUGCUGAAACUUCUAAAGAAACAUGCUCCAGCAUCGAUUACGGACAGCACCACAAAGUUAGACUCAACUCAGAAGAAGUGA